UACCUAUUAGACGAGACCCCGGCCUAUAGGCGACUAAAAAGUUUACAGGGGCCCACCAUGGCGCGCCACUUCCAGGGCGCAGUCGACAGGCACAACUAUUACAGGGCACUCCACGGAGCACCAAGGCUGAUGUGGUCUCCAGAGCUGGCCUACGACGCCGCUGCGUACGCUGUGGUCGCCGCUAAAAAUUACCAUGCUGGGAGGGGCCUCCAGCACGCCCGCAACCUGCAGCUGCUAGACCAGGGCGAGAACUUGGCAGCGGGGCACGCCUCGGCUGAGGAGGCCGUGGACAGCUUCUACAGCGAGGUUGAGCUCUACAACUACUACAAACCGGGUUUCAGCACCAUAACCGGGCAUUUCACACAGGUCGUGUGGCAGGGCAGCACCCAAAUCGGCAUCGCCGAGGUUGAUCGUGUGUAUGUCUUCAGGUACCGGCCGGCCGGCAAUGUAUGUGGCACCUUUCAGGACAACGUGCUGCCUCCUGACUUCCGUGCCCCCAGCCCUAUGGCAGUCCGGAGACGUCAGGCUUACUAGCUACGGGGCAGUUGUCUGGACAGGUUACUCGCCAGCUAGAAGCUUGGUAAAUGUGCAACCUUGAAAGUGUCAUAAUUGGGCACAGAUAUGCGCGCUGAGUGUGUCAAAUGUUGUGAUGAGGUUAGUUAAAAUGUUUGCCAUCCAAUAUGAGUGUAGGGAGGCAUUAUUUGUCCUGAUGAUUUGCUCUCUACCUACGGCCAUUUGGCAGUCCGGAGACGUGUAGCGCCUAGGCUCAGCAGCUACGGGACAGUUGUCUGGACGAGGUUACUUUUGACGUGCAGUCCCGAAAGCACAUUGGUAAGCAUGAAUAUAGCCGGUGAAUUUAUCAUAAGUGAAAUUUAGGUUACUUAGGGUGUUUGCCACUUGUUUUGGUGCUCCGAUGUAAGAUGACCAUUGGUAGUUAUGGUCAUGGCCCAUAGGAGCGCCAGUUGUUCCAACACUAAGUAGAAUAUGUUUCAUGAACAAAUAAGAACAUAGGCAAGGUUACCCGAGGCCGACGUUGAUCGACCUGGUCGACCAGGUCCGCCAAUGUAGUGGGUCCAUGCCACAAUAUCCGAAAUUCGGCUGAAAUCAUGUCAACCUUGUAAGGCCUAGGUUUACUAAACAAAAUUACGGCCGAGGAGGUUUCCAUGCUAUGGGCUGACAUAACCGCUCAUGUAAGGCUUUGGCUAUUAUGGC